GAUGAGGCGUCGCCUGGCUGGCUUGGUGACGUCACCGGGAGAGAACGCUCGCUCGCGGACGGAACGCAUCGCGGAGCAGAGCAUCAUGCGACGGGGUUUCACGUCCUGAGAGGAGACCUGCCGAUGAGCGGGAUCCACUGAGAACCAUGACUCUGCGAUGGAGAAGGGGUGUGUCACUAUCGGAGCGUUCAUGGAAUGACUCUCUGGCUGCCAUGGCGCCGGGGCCAGGGGUCGUUACUGUGGCCCCUGGGGGUCACAACGGGUCGUGGGAGACACCCAUCUUCCUCAUGACCCCUGCCGCUCAGACCAUCUCUGGGAUCUUCACCUGGACGGCUCUGCUGCUCACCUGCCAACAGAUCUACAUGCACUUGCGCUACUAUAACACUCCUAACGAGCAGAGGCACAUCGUCCGCAUCCUCUUCAUCGUGCCCAUCUACGCCUUCGACUCGUGGCUCAGUCUGCUGUUCUUCACUAACGAGGAGUAUUACGUUUACUUCGACACCGUCCGAGACUGCUAUGAAGCGUUUGUCAUCUAUAACUUCUUGAGUUUGUGUUACGAGUAUUUGGGUGGCGAGAGCGCCAUCAUGGCCGAGAUCAGAGGAAAACCCAUCCAGUCCAGCUGUGUUUAUGGCACUUGUUGUCUGUGGGGAAGAACGUACUCCAUCGGCUUUCUGCGCUUCUGCAAACAGGCGACGCUGCAGUUCUGUGUGGUGAAGCCUCUGAUGGCCGUGAUUACCGUCAUCCUGCAGGCCUUCGGCAAAUACAGAGAUGGAGACUUCAACGCGGCCAGCGGUUAUUUAUACGUGACCAUCAUCUAUAACGUCUCGGUCAGUCUCUCGCUCUACGCUCUCUUCCUCUUCUACUUCGCCGCUCGGGAUCUGCUGGAGCCGUACGGCCCCAUGCUGAAGUUCCUCAUGGUCAAAUCCGUCAUCUUCCUCUCCUUCUGGCAGGGGAUGCUGCUGGCGAUUCUGGAGAAAUGUGGCACGAUUCCUCGCAUAAACUCUCCUGAUGUCAGCGUGGGGGAGGGGACUGUUGCCGCCGGUUACCAGAACUUCAUCAUCUGCAUCGAGAUGUUCUUCGCCGCUCUGGCGCUCAGACACGCGUUCACUUACAAGGUCUACAUGGACAAGAGACUCGACAUCCAGGGUUGUGUUCCUGUCUAUGGCCAGUACGGUCGCUGUGCUCCCAUGAGCAUCUCCAGCAGUCUGAAGGAGACGAUAAAUCCGGGCGACAUGCUUCAGGACGCUAUCCAUAACUUCUCUCCGGCGUAUCAGCAGUACACCCAGCAGAGCCGCUCCAAGCCGCUGAGCCGCUCCAACAGCUGCAGCAACGAGAAAACUCUGCUGCUCAGCUCCGACGACGAGUUCUGACACGUUCACUUACAAACAGUGAGAUGAUGAUCGCGAUGCCUACAUAGACAGCAUGUUUAGGCAGCAUCAGUGCUUCCAGACAGAACGCAGCAAAACUACUCUAUGCUACCUUGUGUUAGAUCAUUGUGGCCAAAAUAUUGAGAGAGAAUACUUUAACCCAGUGGUUCUCAAACCUUUCAAAUGAACUUAACCACCACUGAUCAAAUCAGAGCACAAAUCAUUCUACUAACAGAAGAGGAAGAAUGUUCUCAAAGUUACAAACUUAUCUUCUCAAAGUGUUAGCACAAAAGCAUUUGUUCAUCAUUCAUUGUUCACAGAACAUGAAAUGAUUUAAUUGGAAGUUUGUGUAACAGUUUUAAAUGUUACAACUUGUUCCGGAAUGUUCAGAGAACGUUCUUAUAAUGUUUCU